AUGGUCCGCACCCUCAAGUUCCAAGACAUCGAUGUCGCCGUGCCAGGCUUUGGAGCCAUGGGAUUCAGCAUGAGCUACGGGCCUGCUGUCGAGUCCGAGUCGCGCGAGACCCUUGACAAGGCCCUCUCCCUCGGCUGCACCUUCUGGGACUCGGCCGCCAUCUACGGGAAGGGACAUAACGAGCAGCUCAUCGGAGACUGGGUCAAGCAAAAUCCUGGGUCAAGGGACAAGCUCUUCAUCGCUAGCAAAUGCGGUCUUCCCUUCGACGGUAACGGUGCCGCGGACAAUUCCAAGGAACACAUUGAGGAGUAUAUCGACCAGUCCAUCGAGCGACUCGGAUUCAAGCCGGAUCUGUACUAUCUCCACCGAAUUGAGCCGGGACGAGACCUCGCCGAGUCCAUCGGGGCGCUGCAGGGGCUGAAGGAGGCGGGCAAGUGCAGGUAUAUCGGGCUGAGCGAGUGUAAUGCGGAGACCUUGCGCAACGCUUGCAAGAUCGCACACAUCGACGCCCUCCAGAUCGAGUACUCUCCCUGGUUCACCGACCACGAGCAGAACGGUCUCAUCCCCGCCGCGCGCGAGCUCGGCGUGACCAUCAUCGCCUACUCCCCACUCGGCAAAGGCAUCCUCACUGGCAAAUUCACGUCCGUCGACCAAUUUCCCGAGGGUGACAUCAGGCGUACUAUCCCUCGUUUCUCCGAAGAGCUGCUCGGCAAGAACAUGCGUAUCGUCGACGAAUUCAAGAAGCUCGCGGAAAAGAAGGGGUGCUCGCCGGGACAGUUGGCGCUGGCUUGGGUGAUUGCCCAGGGAGCGAUUCCUAUUCCGGGGACCAAGAAGGCGGAGCGGCUCGAGGAGAACUUUGGGGCGAGGGAGGUGGAUCUGGAUGAGGAGGAGCUGGCGGAGAUUAGAAAGUUGGUAGAGGAGGCCAAGCCGGAGGGCGCCAGAUAUAACGAUGCAGGUAUGAAGAGGGUCGGACAUUAG